CCAACCCUGUUGCCAAACCUAGCGUUAAGCCUGUUGAAACUGAGCCAGCGAUCAUCGUUGGCUCAACUCAGGUGGACGCCAAGGCUCAGCAGACCGUUCACCUAGACCAGCGCAGCAGAGAUGAUGUGCCCACCGUCCCUCAGGUGCAGCCAGUUGUCAUUCCAGUGGUGCCAGUGCCCGAAGUGCCAAAGGCCGUUGAGGAGGUGAAACAGGAGCAGCCAGCAGUGGUCGUUGCCGCCCCUGCCGAACCGGCCAUUGUUGUCGUUCCUGAGGCUCCAGCUGUUGUGGCCCCUCUGGCCCCCCGCAACAGCGCCCAGCCAAUUGCUGAAGUGCCACAGGUAGUGCCCGCAGAGCCAGUGGUCAUCCCCGAGACUCCCGUGAUGGCCGUAGUGGUAGACGCACCAGCGCCAGCCAUUCCCGUCUCAGCCGAACCAGCCGUCGUGGUCAUUCCCGACGUUCCUGUCGCCGUAGCCGUAGAGACCACCAACAACGCCCCUGUCGUGCCAAAGGAACCAGCGCCAGCGGUGAUCAUCCCCUCCGUUCCCGAGGUGCCCUCUGUGAUUGCAGUGCCCGCACCGGCGGCCGUUCCCUCCCUGGAGGAGCGAUCAGUGGUCGUCGUGGCACCUCCUCAAGCGCCAGCCUCUGAACCAGCGCCGGCCCCAGUCGCUACCCCAGCCAUCACUGCGCCCGUCCAGCCUACUGUCAGUGAGCAGAAGAUUGCACCCGUUGCGCCGGUCGUCGCCGAGCCAGCGAAGCCAGUCGCCCCUGUUGCCACUCGUCCCGUGGAGCCCAUCACCGCCCGUGCCAUCCAAAAGCCGACCACUAUUCUUGCCUCCAACAAGACCACCCUUUCCCUGGAGACCCCAGUCGCCAAGUCGUCUGAGAUUCCUAAGCCGGUGGUAGUGGCCGAGCCGAAGCUGGACGCCAAGAACGCCGUCCCCAUUCCGGUGGUUCCUGUCGAUCCGGUGAUCAUCCCCGCUCCUGUUCCUGCCAAGCCUGCCACUGACAAGGUGGUGGUCGUUCCCCAGACAGCCGCCCCAGUGAAGGUCUCCGCUGAGCAGGUGCCACCAGUGCCCCUGGAGGGCCGUCGAGCACCGUCGACCCCGAUCGUUGCUGUGGAGGACACUCGCAAGGACACUCCGGUGGUGGUAGUGGCCCAGCCAGUGAUCGCUCCCGAAGCGCCGGUCAUUCCCACCGCCCGAGACCGAGUUCAGUCGGUGGCCAGCGAGCCGGCGGCCGUUCCCAUUCCUGUGGUCAUUGCCCCAGUUGAGACUGUUCCAGCUGCACCGGCUGUGGUGGUCCCUGCUGCCCCAGCUCAACCCGAGCCAGCGCCAGUGCCGGCUGCAGUGGCGCCCGCAGCCAAGCCGGAGAUUGCCUCUCCAGUUGAGCAGCCAGCUGCUCCUGCUGCUGCCACCAAGCAGCCUGCUGUGGUUGCAUAA